AUGCUGGCCGUCCAGCCUCCGCGCCGCGAGGACCUCCAGCCAUCAUAUGCGCAAACAAUCCGUUCAGAGACUGAAGAUGCUAGCGCUCACGGAUGGUACGGUUCUAUGAUUAAUACACUGGGAUCAUGCGUUGGUUUCUGCGGUGCCAUUCCCUGCUGUAUCGUCUGUCCCAACCCGUACAAGCCCGUUUCUCAGGGCAACGUCGGUCUUGUCACAAAGUUUGGUCGGUUCCAUAGAGCCGUCGACCCGGGUCUGGUCAAAGUCAAUCCCUUGUCGGAGAAACUGAUUCAAGUCGAUGUCAAGAUUCAAAUUGUUGAGGUCCCGCAACAAGUCUGCAUGACCAAAGACAAUGUGACCCUACACCUGACCUCCGUCAUCUACUACCACAUUACGUCUCCGCACAAGGCCGCUUUUGGAAUCAGCAACAUCCGCACCGCGCUCGUCGAGCGCACGCAGACGACCCUGCGCCAUGUCGUUGGCGCGCGCGUGCUCCAGGACGUGAUUGAGCGCCGUGAAGAGAUUGCCCAAUCGAUUGGCGAGAUCAUCGAAGACGUCGCGUCCGGAUGGGGCGUGCAGGUCGAAAGCAUGCUGAUCAAGGACAUUAUCUUCAGCCCGGAGCUCCAAGAGUCUCUUUCCAUGGCCGCGCAGAGCAAGCGUAUCGGAGAAUCCAAAGUCAUUGCCGCCCGCGCCGAGGUCGAAAGCGCCAAGCUCAUGCGCCAGGCUGCCGACAUUCUCUCGUCUGCGCCCGCCAUGCAGAUCCGCUACCUCGAGGCCAUGCAGGCCAUGGCCAAGACGGCAAACUCCAAGGUCAUCUUCCUGCCUGCCAUCAAUCAGUCGGUCCAGCAGCAGCUCGCCAAUGCCGAAAACGCCGGCGAAGGCCCAAGCACUUAUGGCGCCAUCACCGGUAGUGGAGACCAUCCUGGCAGCCCGUCGUCCAACGAGGACCGCUUCAAUCGUGGCGUCGCCACCCAGAUGAUGCAGACUAUUUAA